AUGGAACCAUCGGCUGAACAAACUGUAAGGCAGUUUCUGAAAUGUAACGGCGAACAAGCGGUCGUUAUCGACUUGCUUGUGAACAGCUACUACGGCUACAGCGAGCUUUGCAAUUUAUUGUCGGAAUUUUUGGUGCUUAUGGAAGGCACCGAAGAAGGCGCCCGGAAAUGCAUCGAGAACACCCUGAGCACACUGAUUCGCAGAAAUUUCGUAGCUGAAACGAUCGACGCAAAAUUUGAGGUUGCCGAGAAUGUUGAUGCUUGGCUUCCAGAACUCCUGGAAAACAGGUAA